AUGGGUAUAGAUGAUUCUUAUUUUGAUGAAGAUAUUUUACAAGUUAUAUUAAAUUUCGAAAAUAAAUCCGAUUAUGACCAUAUCAGAAGAACUUCGGAAAACUACAGAAAUCAUAACAGAUGCGUUCGUUACAUUCCAGAUGAAAUUGACCCAGAAUUCGCUGACUUAGUUCCUCAUAAACCGUCAAAAGAUGGAUCCAGAUCCGAAAAAAUUGAAUACACUGACGAUGAGGAUCCGCCAGCGGAUGAAGAACCGUCAGAAUCUGAAAAUCUUUCACUUCCAACAGAUUAUCCAAAAUUCAACAAAAAAUCUAUAUUUGGUUCCGAUAUCAAAGUACCACCAGAUUGGAAAAGGUUUUCAUUUUUCUUCAAGGCGAAGGAAAUUCCAGAUGAUCCCCAAGAAUUCCAUAAUUUAUUAUCCAAAUUUAAACAAGAUCUUUAUAAUACGUACUCGUCUUUAAUUCGUAUUAAUGAAGAAAACAUCUCGGCUGUUGCAGUUUACGAUUCUCAGCAAGCAAAAGAAAUUAUGAAUUCAGCUUUUACUGAUUUUCAUAACUUUAGUUAG